CGCGCGGGCGGUGUGUGCGCGCGAGAGGCAGGUGAGCUGCUGCCCGCUUUGUUACCUGCUGGGAAGCCGACAUGUACGCAAACAGCAAUGCAAACGAAACCGGGCUACACUUUUAAUUACUUCCAGCUCGACUUUUACACCGCCGAUGUUUCCGUUACGUCUGGACGCGUUUUCUCAUCCGACUUCGCAAACAUUUGACUUGGAGCUGUCAGGCUGGAGAUCAGAGUUCCAUCCAAUAUCCUGGUUGACGCUGCCAGGCGCACUGAGCACAGAUUACACUGGUAACAAGAGUUAACCAAACAGACCCGGGGACCUUCAUCCUCCACUAUGGAUCCAGUCAACCCGUCGCACGAAACCUUUGACCUCUUUGUCCAAGCCCAGACUUGUAAGGAUGUGAAGCAGCACUUUGCUGCGCUCUGCCGGCAGCUGGACAUCAAUCCUAAGGAUUUCAGGACCUUCUAUAUCAAAUUAAAAGAAAGACUAAACUACUGGAAGGCCAAAGCACUGUGGACCAAGCUCGACAAAAGGGCAUCUCACCCGGAUUACAAUCAAGGAAAAGCCUGCACCAAAAACAAGUGUCUUGUGCUGGGUGCGGGGCCAUGUGGGUUGAGAACGGCCAUCGAACUGGCCCUGCUGGGGGCUCAGGUGGUGGUGUUGGAGAAGAGGGAGCGCUUCUCCAGAAACAAUGUCCUCCACCUGUGGCCCUUCACCAUUUACGACCUCCGCGGGCUCGGAGCCAAGAAGUUCUACGGCAGAUUCUGCACCGGGUCGCUGGAUCACAUCUGCAUCCGUCAGCUGCAGUUGGUUCUUUUGAAGGUGUCCCUUCUCCUCGGGGUGGAGGUGCACACCGGAGUGGAGUUUCAGGGCUUGAUGGAGCCCUCGGGAGAAGAUGGUUGGAUGGCCAAGCUACAGCCCGGGUCUCAUCCUGCCGCAUCCUUCCAGUUUGACGUAUUCAUCUCUGCUGGAGGAGGCAGGUUUGUCCCCGACGGUUUCAAGCACAAGGAGCUGAGGGGCAAGCUGGCCAUCGGCAUCACGACCAACUUCAUCAACAGGCACACGGCCGCGGAGGCCCACGUGGCAGAGAUCAGCGGCGUGGCCCGGAUCUACAACCAGAAGUUCUUCCUAGAUCUGCUCACUGAGACGGGUAUUGAUUUGGAGAAUAUUGUCUACUACAAAGACGACACCCACUACUUUGUCAUGACUGCCAAGAAGAAGAGCUUGCUGAAGAAGGGGGUCAUUAAACAGGACUACAGCAACGCAGAGGAGCUGCUCGCCCCUGCAAACGUGGACCGGGAGGCUUUGCACCGCUACGCACAUGAUGCCGCCUACUUCGCCACAGGUGGCAAGCUGCCCGACCUCCAGUUUGCCAAAAACCACGCCGGCCAGCCGGACGUGGCCAUGUUCGACUUCACCUGCAUGCACCGUGCUGAGAAUGCCUCUCUGGUCAGGGAGAGGAGGGGGAAGAAAUUGUUGAUGGGUCUUGUUGGAGAUUGCCUAGUGGAGCCGUUCUGGCCUCUGGGCACAGGGAUCGCCCGUGGGUUCCUAGCUUCUUUUGACACGGCGUGGAUGGUGAGGAGCUGGGGAAUGGGACUCCCACAUCUCAAGGUCCUGGCUGAGCGAGAAAGUAUCUACCAGGUCCUGUCUCAGACCACACCUGAAAACACCAGCAAAAACUACGUUGGUUACAGCAUUGACCCCAAAACGCGCUACACAAGAGCCAACCUGUCAUCCAUCCAGGCCAACCAGGUGCAGCACCUCUAUGAGGUCGAUCAAUCCAAUCCAUCGAUUAAGAAACAGAAGAGCGAGUCGGGUCCAGUGCACAAGGAUUCAGUCAACGGAUUUACGGAGUUGUUGAGAUGGUGUAGGAAACACACUGCGGGUUACGAGAAUGUGAACGUAAAGGAUUUUACACAAUCUUGGAGGUCCGGGCUGGCUCUGUGCGCUCUCAUCCACCACUUCAGGCCGGAGCUCAUUGACAUGUCCGCUUUGAAUGAUUCCAGUGCUGUUCACAACCACCAACUGGCCUUCAGCAUUUUAGAGAAGGAGCUGGGCAUCCCGCCUGUCAUGUCUCCCAGUGAUUUCACUGAAAGUGGUCGGAUAGACAAGUUGUCCAUGGUCCUGUACCUCACCCAGGUCCGAAAGGCCUUCAACGGGCCAGAAAAAGCUACAGACCUAGCUGCCUUCCUGCCGUCGACCAAGCCGCUGAGUUUCUCCCAGACCCAGUCGGCUAUCUUUUUCCUGAACAAGCUGAAGCUUAACUCUCUGCAAAGACGCAAGGAAAAGCUGGCAAGUGAGAAAAGAAAAAGGAUGGACGAUGAGGACAUUUUAGAGGUGCUUCCCGGUUCCCCCGAGCUCAGUCCUACACCCGAUACGGCUCUUGAUCUGGAUCCUGAUCCUGAACCUGGUGCUGGUGCGUCGAUGACAAACAGCGAGGAGUGUUACUUCUGCGGUCAGAGGGUUUACGUGCUGGAGCGCAUCAGUGCUGAGGGCAAGUUCUUCCAUCGGAGCUGCUUCACCUGCCACGAGUGCAGCAUCACUCUCAGACUGGGAGGAUACACCUUUGACCAGACUACAGGGAGAUUCUACUGUGAGUUGCACUCAGAAGAACUGCAGCUGGAAGACGGGGCUGAAGCAUCGUCUAAGAAUCACAAAGGAAAUCCGGAGGGAACAAACGAGGAGAACGCGCUUUCCAGUUCUGAUUAUACACCGUCUCCAUCAGAUGAGGAGUCUGAGCACACUCUGGACUUUUGUCCCUCUGCUCAAUCGCAGUCACAUACGCCUGAAUACGAGGACCCCCAUGUUCUUGAAUCCAAAGAGGAGCCUGAACCACCACGUGGGUCCAAAUCUCCCACACGUGCUCCAUCUCAACCUGUGGUUGCAGCACCCAGCGAGGAGGAGGAGGCUGCCGUGUCCUGUCCUGUGCCAAAGCCCCGCCGCUCUCAGCAGGCGGCGCCCAGCCUUCAGCUCUCCCCUCCGAUUGCGAAACCUCGCACAGUCCAACUUGUUAACCCCUCAACACCCGCAGAGCGCUCCCCUCCGACGCUCACUAAAGCGCCAGACUCCCGUCCGAAGCAAUCUCUCCGGAAGCUUCAGCUGACCGAUCAGGAGAAGAGCGUCCUGGUGAACCUUCAGAGCCUCAGCAUGGACUCUGACUCCGAGACCCCCGGCGGAUCCUCCUCCUGCUCCUCCUCCUCGGCGACGGCGGGAGGUCGGAGCCCCCCCAAGCCAGAGGGCACCAACGGGCAAGAGGAGGAGGGCUACUGGAGCGGGACCACCACAAGCCACAUGCGGGACCAGAGGAACCGCCGCUGCUUCAGGAGAAAAGAGACGCCGAGCGGGCAGACCAGGGUCCGCUCCAAGUUCUCCCCCUGGAAUCUGUCUUCCCCGAGAAUCAGCAGAGACACCCGGCUCAGUGUCCUCAUCGAUCAUCCAGGGAGGACGGAAACAACAUUGAGACACGCUCACAGCACCUCCGAAGAGGGCGCGGAUGAUGAUGAUGACGAUGACGAUGAUGAUGAGAUGUUUGAGCGAGAUGAUGUUGACUUAUUUGAUGAGAAAUUUCAGACGGUGCCGUCAGACCCGGUUGAGGCUGAGAAAAUGGAGUUGAUGAAGAUGAGGACACUAGAGCGGCGGGCCAAGACGUGCGAAUUACAGCGGUUGCGCAAUGCCCAGUCCAUCCAGCGGAGACUGGAGGAGAUCGAGGUGACCUUCAAGGACUUGGAGGAGAAGGGUGUAGGGCUGGAGAGAACGCUGCGAGGAGAAGCUGGCAGCGGCGGUUCUCCAGAAAUGAUCGAGCAUUGGAUCCAACUGGUCCACGAGAAGAACGCGUUGGUGUCUGAGGAGUCUGACCUCAUGGUGGCGUCCCGGCAGCUGGAGCUGGAAGACAAGCAGAGCAUGUUGGAGUUGGAGCUCAGGAAAUACAUGGAACUGAAUGACAAGACACCAGAGCAGCUGGCGGAAGAAGACCGGGUCCUCCAACAGAUGAUUGACGUGGUGGACAUGAGGGACUCCUUGGUGUUGUUCCUGGACGAGAAGAGGCUGACGGAGAUGAGCGAGGAGCAAGAGGCCUUCUCCAUCAUGGAGGCCAAGCGGCACUCGAAAGCAGGUGCUCAGGUCCACUGGGCGUAAGGCUUUCACGCACGUGCGUACUCUUGUGUGAACCCCCCCCGUGUGCUUACGGGGUGGAAAAGCAGUAACGUGAGACUUGACUUCUGCAAAGCCAAAGAUGAUUCAGAACGGUCUGGGGGGGAAGGGGGGAGAUAGACUGUCCCGCUUUAUACAAUUUAGGAGAAAGAAAUGAGGCUUGUGGGCCAGGAGCGAUCGGCCCCCUAGAGGGAGACAUAAACCGGGGAAUCUGAGGCUAUGUUGCCAAUAACGGCUCUGCUAAGCCCUGCAGCAGACCACGUACAGAACCGGGUCCCCAAUGUUGUUGUUGUUUUAAUAUUUUGAUGAGUUAAUGCAACUGUACACAAUAUACACAAAGUUCUAUGUUUAAUAUUUGUACACUGCAUAAACUUUAGAAAAUGAAAGAGGUAGAUGAGAUAUAACAGUUAAUCCAUAUAACAAUUUCUUUUUUAUUAUCCAUUUUUCUUUUUGAUUUUUGUAUCCCAUCCUACCGUUGGCCUUGUCCUUUUACAGAGAGAGACUUACUGGACUGUUUAAUCUAUUUAUAAAUGCUACCUUUUAUCUUUUGCAGGUGUUCUUUAUUUCAGUGCUGGCAGAAUAGCCACAAAUCAAAUCAAUGCACAGUUUGUUUUUCAGUGAAAAGGAGCCUUAUGCAUUCAUUGUUCUGCUGCAUCUCAGUGCCGCCUGGACGGCACAUCACAGUAUAUCAAAUAAAGAUCUUGCACUUUGA